AUGAGCUUUCAGGACAUUGGCCGGUCGUCGGGCCCUGCCGGUGGGGGUAUGAACGGAGUCGGUCGGCCGACUUCCGGGACGUCAAGUCAGACGGUUCCGUCAAGUCAGGCGGUGGCGUCAGGCGUGUUUCAGAUGAACACGGCUGUGGGGACGUUCAAGCGGCUCGUCAACACGCUGGGUACCGCUAAGGACACCGUCGAACUCCGUGAGAAGCUGCACAAGUCGCGGCAGUACAUCAGCCAUCUGGCCAAGGACACGGCGCAGAAGCUCAAGGAUGCCUCUGCGCGCGACCAUUCCGCUGGCGUCAGCGCGACACAAAAGAUUAGCGAUGCAAAGCUAGCCAAGGACUUUCAAGCUGUGCUCCGCGAGUUUGAGCGCGCGCAGCACCUCGCGGCGGAGCGGGAGGCCGCCUUCGCGCCCUUCGAGAGCCCCCGCCGCGGGGGAAACGCGCAGAUGCCCGCUUGGGGCGCGGGAGGGGCCCCGUCGGUGGCUUCGCUGGGGUCGUCUGGAGGGUCGUCAGGCGGAGGGAGAGGAAAGAGGGGGACAGGCAGUGUGGGCUUGUCCAAUUUCGGAGGGGCAGGUGGGGCACAGUUGGCAGAGCAGGCGGAUAGGGAGGAGCAGAGAGACCCGCUGCUAGCACAGCAGAGACAUGAGAUGGCAGUGGUGGAAGGCGAGUUGGCUUAUAACGAGGCAGUGAUAGAGGAGCGGGAGCAGGGCAUUCAGGAGAUUCAGCAGCAGAUAGUGGAGGUGAACGAGAUCUUUCAAGACCUGGCCGUGCUCGUCCGAGAGCAAGGAGGCAUGAUUGAUGACAUAGAGGCGAACAUAGAGGGGUCGAGGGCACAGGCAGUGAACGCCAACAAGCAGCUCACCCAGGCGGCAAGGAGUCAACGCGAGUCCAGCUCAUUUACGUGUUGGGUGAUGGCAGUGUUUGCCAUUGCUCUCUUCAUUUUCUUCCUCAUCAUGUCUGCCUAA